AUGACCCAGAAUCUAGUUCUCAACACUACUUGGGAGGGCCUGAACCCUUCCAAUUUCUCAAGAUUGCAGGAAAACCCUUUGACCCACCAGAACAUCACCUUUGUUGAUUUCUACCUCCACAAGCCCUCUGUGGCAGCAGUCUUCACUGUGUCCUACCUGCUCAUCUUUCUGAUGUGCAUGCUGGGCAAUGGGGUAGUGUGUUUCAUUGUGCUGCGCAGCAAGAACAUGUGCACGGUCACCAACCUGUUUAUUCUCAACCUUGCCAUCAGUGACCUGCUAGUUGGCAUCUUUUGCAUGCCAACCACACUGGUGGACAACAUCAUAACAGGAUGGCCAUUUGGCAGCAUAGUGUGCAAGCUAAGCGGUAUGGUUCAAGGGAUAUCUGUGUCAGCAUCUGUGUUCACUCUGGUGGCAAUAGCUGUUGACAGAUUCCGCUGCAUUGUCUACCCCUUCGAGCAGAAGCUGACCAUUGCCACCUCCAAGCUUAUUAUUGUCAUCAUAUGGGUCCUGGCUGCAUGCAUCAUGUGUCCCUCUGGGGUCAUGCUCCAGGUCACAAAGGAGCAGAGGGUGCGAAUUGUCAAUGGACUUAACAAUGACACCCACCCCUUCUACUGGUGCAGGGAAAAUUGGCCCAAUCAGGAGAUGCGGAAAAUCUACACCACUGUCCUCUUUGCUAACAUCUACCUUGCUCCUCUCAGCCUUAUCGUCAUCAUGUAUGCCCGCAUUGGCUUCACUCUCUCCAAGACCACUAUUCCUCCAAAGAGGGGCAGUGGGAGCAUGUCUGAAAAAGCUACUGGCAACAACAAAUCAAGCAUCGAAGGUCGUCACACAAUUUCAAAGAAGAAGACAAGGGUGAUAAUGAUGCUGCUGGUUGUGGCUCUGCUAUUUAUCUUAUCCUGGCUUCCACUGUGGACGCUGAUGAUGCUGAGUGACUAUGCCAGCCUGACAGAGCAUCAGCAUCGUGUCAUUAACAUCUACGUGUAUCCAUUUGCUCACUGGUUGGCCUUCUUCAACAGCAGCGUCAACCCUAUCAUCUAUGGCUUCUUCAAUGAAAAUUUUCGCAGAGGCUUUCAGGCUGCUUUCAAAUUCCAGCUGUGCACUGCUGACAUUGAGCGCCAGAAGACCUUCUCUUACCGAAUCCGGGGGAAUGCUGUACUCCCAGUCCAGCCUGCUGUCCUCAGUAGAUCAGGCUCUUGUGUCAGAUCAGUGUUAGUGGGGAAUGGGAAGUGCUCAUGUCAGGAAGGAGGGUGCUUGGCUGGUAGUUGUGAUAUUAAAGAACAGGACCUGAUCAUGGAGGACCUGGAAAAGGUGUCCCACACAUAG